AUGGAAGAAGAGCUCAAAUGCACAAUAUGUACUCGAUUCUUUGACGAUCCCAUCAUUCUGACAUGUGGUCAUAGUUUGUGCAGGAUGUGCGCGCUGAAGGCGCACCAGCCAUCCACGUCAUCUGCCACCUCGUCAAUGUCAUCGCCCCGCCCAUCGACGCCAGGCAUUUUGUCGCAAAUUUUGAGCUCUGCGAGCUCACCAAUCUCCCCGCAGAGUGCUGGAAGUAGUAGUGGAGCAUCUGACACCAUGUCGCUGUGCGUCUCCGAUGGUGGUGAUCAUGAGAGUGACAAGUUAUCAGUGGUUUCAGAGACAGAUUCAGGAGUCGUGGGAUGUGGAAGAACAAGCCGCCCAUCAAGCAUCAUUGGUCCUCCCCUAUCUCGUCUCCACAACAUUCUAACUCCCUCAACAUCUGGAGUUCAAUUAAUCUGCAAUUCGUGCCAAAAACCCUCCUACUACUGUGACGAAAAUUCCAUCGUUAGCGCACCAACAAACCUCGCCAUGCAAAACGUCAUCAAACGCUAUCUGAUUGCUCAUCCGAACAUCAAAGCGGGUCCAUCAGUCUGCACACCAACCGAGGAGACGCCUUGCUCAUCUACAGUACCCCAGUGUCAGUUGUGCGAAGGGACGGACAAUCGGCAGGCGAAUGUCUUCUGUGAGCAAUGUGAUAUCUACUACUGUAGUCCGUGUCAGACAGCGUUGCAUCCGGCGAGAGGACCGCUGGCGAAGCACAAUCUGAUAGAAGCCGGUGGCAGGAAAAAAUCCAGCACAUCUACGCUUCCUCUAAACAACGCCACAACCACUGCUCGAGACCUUCUGCGAUGUGUAACCCAUCCUGGCGAAGGCCUGACUAUGUACUGUCUGGCGUGCAAAGUUCCAGUCUGCUCCAGAUGUCUCCAGGACCUUCGACAUGCCAAUCACGACGUUCAGAGUCUUCCGAUUGCCUGUAAAGGACACAAGACGGAACUCUCGACAACUCUCCAACAACUCUCUGAAAAAGCAAAAACGGCCACAGAAGAAAUUGGACGUUUGAAAGGACUUCACGAUGUGAUCCGAAAUAAUUGCAAUGAUUUCAAAUCGAAUGUUUGCAUUCAAAUCGAUCAACUCAUUGAACAACUUCAAAUGAGAAAAGAGAAAUUAAUGCAGCACGUUGAGGAGCAGGCUGAAAAUAAACGACGCAUUCUGAAGGCUCAAAUCGUUAGGUGCACUGGAAAAUUGACGAAAACGUCGGCAUUGAUUCAGUUUUGUAUUGAAGCGCUCAAGGAACCCGAUGCGACGGUUUAUAUGCAGAUCUCCAACGCUCUGCUCCACCGAUCCACCAGCCUCGAAUUCCUCUGGCACAAAGAAAUGCGUACAAAACCGGAAAUCGACUCGGAUUUCGUCCUAAAUUUGGAUACCAAACACCUACAGUACACCAUACAAACUCUGGAUUUUGCUCAGCUUAAAGCCGGCUGUAGAGGCACCCGAUUCAAAGGAGACCCAUCCAGAGUACCAUCAGCUCCAAUUAUCGAAACUUCCGAGUGCUCGGCGGAAAACAACUCGGUUACUGUAGUUUGGAGGCCACGGAACGAUGGAAGUGCUGUUGAUGGAUUUGCAUUGGAGAUUGAUACAGGAAGAGAUGAUGGGAAUUUUAAGGAAGUCUACUCUGGUCCCGACACGAUUUGUACCAUCGACGGACUUCAUUUCAAUACCGUCUACACAGCUCGCGUCAAAUCAUUCAAUUCGGCUGGCGAAAGUGAAUACAGCGAAUCGAUUUGUCUUCAAACCGCCCAAGUUGCAUGGUUCCAACUCACCAAAUCUCCAUCUCAACGGGAUAUGAUACUCUCAAAUGAAUGUGCAACACUGUGUGGUAACACUUUGGAACAUCGCACUGUUCUAGGAUCAAUCGCUUUUUCAAAGGGUGUCCACUACUGGGAAGUUACUGUAGACCGUCAUGACGGUCAUGCAGACAUCGUCAUCGGCGUUGCUCAGCCGGCGGUCAAUCGAAAUCUGAUGCUCGGAAAAGAUCUUCACGGAUGGUCCAUGUAUGUGGAUGGAGAGAGAUCUUGGUAUCUGCACAACGAAACGCAUCACAAUCGAAUUCUUGGCGGCGUCGGAAGAGGUACCGUAAUUGGUGUGAAAUUGGACUGCGAUCGAGGUGUGAUGGAGUUCACGAUCAAUGAUAGGAAACGAAUGUAUCAAGGAAAUCCAGUGGCGUUUACAAACAUGCCACGUGGACUCUACUAUCCAGCAUUUUCUGUAAAUGCCAAUGCAGCCAUCACCGUCCACACCGGUCUCUCAUGUCCCCCAUCUCCAGAUGGCAGUGAAUAA